AGGAACAUCUGUGGGACUUCCAGGUACAGACGGACAUAAAUGGUGAUGGCUAACCAACUGGACAUAGUGGUGGUAUACAAGCAAAGGAAGACGGCCAUAGUGACAGACAUAGCGAUACCGAAUGACAGCAACAUCAGGAAAAAGGAACAUGAGAAGUACCAGGGUCUCAGAGAAGAGCUCGAGAAGAUAUGGAGGGUGAAGAUAACAGUGGUCUCAGUGGUAAUCGGAGCACUAGGUGCAGUGACCCCCAAGCUCCCAGGCCUCUGGUAGAGGACCCAAGCUUGAAGAACAAAGACUAUAUAUAAGAAAGUAUAUAUAUUCUGUCUCUCUCUCUCACACACACACACACACACACACACACACACACACACACACACACACACAAAAUAUGGAUAGUAAUCAGGCUCUUAUCAUAUGAUGUUAGGUAAGCACAGAACAGUCCAAAGGUAAAGGAGGAAGUCUAAGUUAAACAGAUAAGCACUGCACUCUUUUUUUUUUUUUUUUUCCUCAAGCAAAUAAAAGAAGUUUAGGUUACUUUAAGGCAGUGGUAAUAAACUUCAGCCCCGAACAUUCUUGGUGUUUCAUUAACUCUUAAGAGGAACAAAACCCUUCAGAAUGUCAGUGCUUUAUUUCCAAUGGCACAUCAAAACUGUAAUACAAUAAUUCAAAUCUUAAAGAAGCAUGCAGGGAUAAGGAGAAAAGACUGUUUCAUUUGGUGUAUUUAAAAUAAUGUCAUGCUGCAAUUCAUUGUUAUGAUGAACUUAUUACAACCUUUGGUACAGUACUUAAUUCAGUUUUAUACAUAUUUAAAUGUAAACCUGGAGACCUUACAUCUUCAAAGAUGGUUAAUACAUAGAACAUGAAAUCAUUAUACUUUUCUGAUGUCUUUUGACUUUUCGUUUAGUCCCAAACAGUGCUCUUGACAUUAUACUACUGUUGCUGCUGCUCCUCAUGUAGUUCUGUACAAUGAAUCAGAGACAGCAUAAAAGAAGUCUUAACUUAAUUCUCCAUCUUGCAUCAGUCCUAACUCUUCAGAUGUAAUUAUCAUGUUUUUAACUGCAGUAGCACCAAAAAGCUGGCAUUCACAUUUUCACUGCAACCAUCUCUAGACAAUCCUUAGUUUGGAGAAAGGCUAGUAAAACUAGUACAAGUCCAACUUAGUAUGUUUAAAACAAAAAAAAACAUGAAGUGGCCUGGAGACUGAUUUUUACCAAGUGGUUAUUGUCCUGAUAAUAAAUGUGAACUGGUGAAAUAGGGUUUUUUUUUGUCUGACAUGACCUUAUAACAGUAUAAAGUAGCUUUAAAGCAAUUCAUACUGUAGUAUUUUGGAAGAUUCUUUCUAAAAUGUUUCGAGGAUCCCUAAACCAAAGAUAGAGAUGACCAAAGCAAAGAUUUGGACCAAAACAAAUGAAAAAAAUCACUUUCACGUUGAUCUUGAGAGUUGUGAUUUUUAAAAAUAGAUAUAUUUAGCUCUGUUUUGCCAGACUUGGGCUCAAAACAGCAACCAACAACCAGUGGUGAAUCAAAUCUUUUGUCGAAGGUAAGCACGGCCUAAACUUGUAUGAUUUUUGAUUUGCAUACACUUUUGUUUCGAUCCAUAUUUCUCAAUUGCAAAUUUCCCUCAUAUUCCCGGCACUGAAACACUUUAAGUGCUAACUGAGCUGCCGGAUAGUCUGUUAAACCUGGGGCCCCGAAGCCUCUAUCCAACCUCUUGAGCACGCUCUUAAAAUUAGGGAGGAGUCACUACCCGCAACAAACAGGAAGGACGGGCGCUUCUACUAUUAACCUUGUUGAGGAUUGUACGAAGGAGAUAUUUGCGCGGUUUGAUCAUCUCUGAUAAUUUACGAAGCGUCCGAUUCGCAAAAUUCAGAUUUUAAAGGGGAAACGCGUUCCCUCCACAGGAGAGGAAGGUGCAGGUGUCGAAGUAGCAGCCUGAUGAUCAGAGCUAUAGAUGGAGCGAAUCUGAAAGAUGCAGAGGGGAGGCAGCAUGGCUCUAUGUCGCCAUAAAAUAAAGGCUUUCUGCUACAUGAUGAUGCUUAACAUCUUCAUCUGUGUCGUGAUAAGCGUGUCAUGGAACCUUGGACACGAGCGAAGUGGCCAUCACAAAGUUCACAUCCCAUCCAAGAAGUUUUGGCAUAAACACAUACUGAAUGAAAACUUCUGGAACAAGGAGCAGCAACGUUUGGACUUCAUUUACAACCCCAACUUUAACUCUGUAUUCUCCAGCAUGUCACUCAGCACACUGCCAGAUUGGCUCAAUGACACUGGACCUCUGGACCCGUGUGAACCAGACUACAGAGUGCCCAGGCAAAUCUUUGAUCACAACUCCCUACCAAAACAAUUCCAGGACUUUCUUUUGUACAUGCGUUGUAGGACAUACCCUAUGUUAAUAAAUCAGCCCCAUGUUUGUAGUGAAAAACCGUUCCUACUGCUGGUUGUCAAGUCUUUGAUCUCUCAUUUUGAAAGGCGGCAGGCUAUUCGUGAAACUUGGGGACAAGCAGGAGUCUUAGCCAACCAGACUGUGGUAACAGUGUUCCUGCUAGGAAACAUCUUGUUGUCAGACCACUUCCCAGACUUGCAGGAGUUACUGAGUCAUGAGGCAAAGCUUCACAAAGACAUACUUCAAUGGGACUACAGAGACAGCUUCUUAAACCUAACUCUGAAAGAGGUCCUCUUUCUGGAGUGGUUUACCAAACACUGUCCUCAAGCUCGGUUUGUUCUUAAGGGCGAUGACGACGUCUUUGUGAACACCUUAAGAAUUGUUGAUUAUCUGAAAGGCCUGCCAGAGGGUGAGUCCAAGGAUUUGUUCAUAGGCGAUGUUAUAAUGAAUGCUGGGCCGCACAGAGACAAGAAACUUAAAUACUUUAUCCCAGAGAGUGUGUUUGUGGGUAACUAUCCACCCUAUGCUGGUGGUGGAGGAUAUCUGUACUCUGGGGAGUUGGCGAUACGCCUACACAAUGUAUCUCAGCAAGUAGUGCUGUUUCCUAUUGAUGAUGUAUAUACUGGGAUGUGUCUCAAGAAGCUGGGUCUUGUUCCUGAGAAGCACAAUGGCUUCAAGACAUUUGACAUUGAAAAGAAGUAUAAAGACAAUCCUUGUAUCCACAGGAACUUGAUGCUGGUUCACAGCCGAACCCCACAGGAGAUGUUAACAAUUUGGCCCUUCAUUGUCCAACCCGAGCUGGACUGCCAGUGAAAGCUUUAUUAAUGGCUGUUUGCAAUACUGAGUUUGUCAGUCAUUUUCAAUCCUUCCAUUCUAUAUUUUUCUAAUCAAAGUUCAACAGGGUUGCUACUUUUCAUUUACAGCAUAUGUGUUGAGUUUUACUGUUUAUAUUAUAUUCAGCAUCUUUUUUUCUGAAUCUUUAGUGUUCUCUGUCAGUCAUGUUGAAAAAGACAUUUGAUUCUCAUCUGAUCCAUUUUUAAAUGUUGAGAGGCAUUCAGUGUGUUUAAGAACACAAUAAACAUUAUUAAGAACUAACAUGAAGUAAAAAUGAACAUCCUGAAAGUGAAUGAUGUUAGUACAUUUUCCUGGUUUUAAAAAAUGUAUAACUAUAUGUUGAUUAUAUACAGUACUGAAAUCAGCACCUGCCUACUAGGUUGAAAAGUGAAUUGCAUUAGUAGUAAUAUAUAAAACCAUUUCUGUUCAUUUAUUGACAUGUCUGUCUAUUCCACUCACAGAUGACUCUUUGUGAAGUUUUGCCCCCAACAUUUUUUUAAUCAUUAAAGAGUUCCAGUGUC